AGGACGAGGCCACCGACGCCUCCGAGAUGCCGCCCGCCGUGGCGCCCUUCGCGCCGCGCGCGCCCGCCGCGGCGCCGGCCCCCCCGCCUGCGCUGACGCCCCUCUCGCCGCUCGCCGCGGUGCCGGAGGACCAGCUCAAGGAGCAGGCGCCAGCGGCAGACAACGCCUCCUCCCAGCAGCGGCAGCAGGCCGUGGCAACCGCCGUCGUGAACUCGACCGCCCCCGGCAACGAGACGGUCCCCGAGGCAGCCGCAGCCGGUGAGAAGAGGGCCGACGCCAGCAUCGGCAACGCCAGCGAUGCCGCUCCCGCGCCGCCGGCAGCCGCGGCCACGGAGAAGAAGGAUGAGGCGGCGGCGGCGCCCGCGAACGCCAGCAGGGAGUCGACUCUGUGUGCGUCGUGGUGCAGGGGCCACACGGACGAGUGGGCCAUGAAAUGCACGUUCAAAGGUUGCGGGGCCUGCGAGGCUUGCGCCGCCAAGGCCCCAACAGCGGCGGUCGCCGCCGCCAACGAGACGGGGACGGUUGCGCUCAAGGAGAGCGCGUCGAAGAAGGGCGCCGCCAUGGAGGAGGAGAAGGAGGAGGAGGAGGCGGAGGAGGGGCAGCGGGCGGAGGCCUCCGAGGAGGAGAAGACGCGCAUGCCGAGGAGGCGCAGGGCGAGGCCGAGCAGGUGCCGGGCGAGGACGAGGACGAGGACGGGCGCAGGGCAAGGAAGCGCGGCGCCGGCGCGGGAGGGCGCCGGCGCGCGCCGAGGGCGAGGAGGGGCGCGGCGCGCGAGGAAGGGGACGGGGUGCCAGACGAGGAGGAGGGCCAGGAGGAGGGGGAGGGCGGCGAGAAGGAGGACGAGGGCGACGACCGCCCCUCGAAGCGCCAGGGCCGCAGGGGGCAGGAGCAGGAGGCAGAGGACGGCGAGGAGGAGGUCCGCCCCAGCCCCGUGCGCCUGGCCCUCCAGCGGGCCCUCGAGAGCGCGCGCAGCGGUUCCUCGCGCCGCGACGCCUCGCAGCAGCUCCUCGGCCGCCACGGCCACCGCUCCGCGGCGCCCACGGUGCACCAGGGCGAGUCCUUCAUAGAGCAUCUCGACAAGAUGCUGGUCUCGGGCCUCGCGAGGAUCUCCAACGCCCUGGACGGCCACAAGCAGAGGAUCAAGGACCUC